CUUUAGGUCUCCCCAAAUAUUCAAUGUAAUUUUUCUUUUUAGAAAUACUGUCAAAACCGAGCACUUGAGAUUUCCAAUAAAAGCUAUGAUAUAUCUUUAAGCGUUUUGAUGCCUGAAGACUUAAUCAAAUUCAGUGAUAUGGAAAUCGGAUAUCUUGUUCGGAAAUGUCAGAGACAAUUCAAAAAGAUGAUGAAAGACUUUGAGGAGAUAAAUCUCAAACACACAUCCUUAACAGAAGAGAACAAACUAUUGAGUGAAGAGAAUCUCAAGUUGACUGAAAGUCGGAAUAGUCAACUGAAUGAGAUCACUCAACUCAAGACUGAAAAUGAAUCUCUCUCUGAAAAGGUAAAAUCCCUUAACAAAGAGCUAGGGAUACUCAAGUCCCAAGAAGUAGUGAACAAGCUGCUUGAAACGACCAAACAUAAGGAUCACAAAGGACUUGGGUUUGACUCCUCUAGUUCCAAAAGGAAAGGGAAGACAACUUUCAUCCCUCCUAAACCUACUGCCAAAUCUAAUAAGCAGAAAGGGAAGGAAAAGGAGAAACCAACAAAAGUUCCCAAAAAGGAAGCCGCUAAGUACCCAGGUGUCUGGUACUUAGACAGUGGCUGCUCAAGACACAUGACGGGUGAUGCGAGCCUUUUGAGCAAUCUAAUUCCCUAUGAUGGUACAAGGGUUACUUUUGGAGGAAGCAACGAUUUUGGCCUUACUAAAGGGCUAGGAAAUCUGGUGUACAAGGGACUAACCAUCCAAGCUGUAUCUUAUGUUGAAGGACUCAAUUAUAACCUUCUUAGCAUAAGUCAGUUUUGUGAUAAAGGUUACUCCUUGGAAUUCUGCAAGGACAUGGCAUCUCUCAAGAACAUCUCCAC